AUGAGUCCUGUAAUACACUGUUGCGUCCUUUGUGGACACGAUAUCCGUGAUGGCGGUAGCGAUGACUCUGGCUGGAUGCUCCAGUUCCGCAUCCUCUAUUCAAUCGAUGAGCAAGUCCAAGUCACGGGGGUGGGCUUCCACAACGAUCCCGGAGCUAUUCACUUGGAAGCGCCCCUUGACUAUGGCGCACGCUGGGACACUUCGGAAUCCAGAGUCGAAAUCGGAGUUAUUCGUCAGUCGCCGGUCAAUGGCCGGCAUGGGUUUCCUUUCCAUGAAGCGUGUUGGUCUCUUCUAGAGCAGGCCUAUUCACCGAGGCCAAUCCCUCAGAGACGUCUACUGGAUGCCUGCCGCUCACUGCCGUUCUCCAUUGAGAUGUGCUGCGUUACUUGGGGUCACGACUUCGGUGGUUUGAUAUCAGCAGAUGAGGAGUCAUAUCCUUGGGAGGAUCUCUUUGUUAACCAGGAACUCGACUUCGUGACAAGUAACCCUUUCGUUGUACCAGAGAUCCAGCGACUCCCUCACGAAGCGCCUGAAUCGCUGGAUGUCCCCGAAUCCGAAGCGAUAUGCGUUGUGACAAGACGCUCUGACGUCUUUACUAAACUUCCUGCGGAAAUAAUUAGUUGUAUUUCGCAUCAUCUGCCUACAGUUGACUAUCUAAACGCUCGAUUGGCUGCCUCAUCAUUCUACCCUAUCUUUAAUGCCCAAAGCUUCUGGGCCUCUAGGUUCCUUCCUAAUGCUGAUCGUUCCUGGGUUUUCGAGGCACAAACUUGGGAAAUGCCACGCAGCUGGCUAUGGAUCUACCGCCGCACCGCGAAUGGUUCACCUGGGAUGAAGAAUCGCCGGAGAAUUUGGCAACUAGUCGAAACCGUCAAGCAGAUACUACGUUUGGAGUGGUUUGAGCCCGCAUCAUCAUCCAUCACCAACGUGAUUAAAACGGAUUGGCCUCAAGCGGCCGGAGACCUACGGCCCGGAUUCCAGCAACCGGACCACGGCUUUCGUGGAGGGUGCCGGCAACUUCGCGAGAAGCAGGUACACAUCCCUCGGGAUCAACUGUCUCAUUUAGCAUUCUCGCUCAUUCAGAUUGGAAAUGACACAUACAUCACGGGCAUUGGUUUCCUUCUAAGUCGGGGUGAAACCAUUCGAUUAGGAUACAUGGCAGAUGACGAGCGCGUUCUGAAUGCCAAAUGUCUUACUGGAUUUAAUCUAGCGGUCGGAUCAAGAGGUGUACAAGCUAUCCAGUGCAUUCUGAAUGGUGACCAAGAAUCACAAUGGAUUGGCUCCCCAGAUAACGCUCCAAAGACGCAACGCCUCAAGUUUGCGGGACCUAUAACCGACAUUAAAGCCGGAUUUGAUGGUUACAAGAUGGUCAGCCUGGCAGCCAACGGCUGCAUUCGUCCGGGCCAAAAAAGUCUGCGCGAUUCGGCAUUCUGGUACCCUCAAAUUCCCGACGCAAGCCUAUAUCUAAACGAAGGCGGCUUUACAGCAAGAGAUACUGCCAUAUCUAGAUUUGACCCAGUCUGUUGGACAAGGUUCGGAGGACCUGCAGGCAAGUAUUUGAGAUUGUUGACUGGAAUAUCAGUCUUCGACCUCGGGGCUAUAGAGUUUCACUACAACAGCGAAGAUGUCCCUCUGGAAUGCCGCAAAAUAGGGAGGUACAGGCCAUCCGAAUUCGACAAACCUAUUCACUUCAAGAUUGACGGCCCUAGUGGAGAGAAGAUUGAUUCUCUGACAAUUUAUAUGUGUUCAUAUCCCAACGCGACAUUGUGGUACUACAACCCAGGGAUUUCGACCAACUACGGAAAUUCAUGCCACUUCCCAUCGAUGCCGGAGAAGACAGUCCAGCGUAACGGCCCCCUUGAGAUUGAAAGAGCCAUAACGUUGGUUGACGGAUCUACCCUAACUGGGCUCUAUUGGACUCAGCAUGAGAAUACAAUCAUAUCUCUGGGGGCAAUUUCGGAAGUGGUUUAA